AUGCCACGGCCAUCAAAUAACAUGAACCAACGGGCAAAUGUGGACAAGCUGAAGCACCAACACUUGGUCACAUCCACCCCCAGACCGGAGCUAAUGGAAACUACAAUGGAGACACCAAGAGUCAAAUUCGACCAAAUGCUGCAUGUAAGUGCCUGCAGUAGUCGGAGCGGGCACCAAGCAAAACAGCCACAUCAAGUGGCCCAAAGAAAUAUCACAGUCAACAGUCUUGGUUUCCAAGAGCACGUUGUGCAAUCCAUGGCCGAAAUGCGCCGACAACCCCGCCCACGAGCAUCUUGUUUGACCAAGCCAUUUGUCGCAGUGCGGCGAUGA